AUGACGUCCCCUGUACAUGUUGACACCAGCGAGAAGGCUGACCAAAGCCGCCUGGCCCCCGACGCUGUCACUCUUAGUCAGUACUCAGAGACGAGGGACAAUGCCAAUGCUAGACUCAUGGACGACCUUGAACUGCUGCGUGUCGAACGUCAGGUCAGCAACGCGGAGAAGGAAAAGGAAAAUUCUAGUAGGCGCCGGUCAAGAUCGCAUCAUCACCAUCACCCGGACAGGCACAAUCCUGAGGCCCCGCCCGAGGACGCUUUUCACACCCUGACCGAGCCCACACACCUGCCCCAGAUAUCGGGAGCACCAGAACCGACGGCCUUGGGCAAGCUUUUCAAGAAACUUAGAAGGUUCCCCAGAGUAGUCCGCUACUUCCUCUACGCUAUACCGGUGGCAGUCGUUCUCCUCACUCCCAUCCUGCUUGACAUUUAUGCAUUCCCAGGUGAGAACCCAGUGGGAGGGCCAGGCGGCCUGAGGCUCCUCUGGUUUGGCAUAUGGCUUGAGGUCGUGUGGUGCAGCCUCUGGGCAAGCCGCAUUUUGGUUUCGAUGCUACCCUUUCUACACGGCCUUGCGGCAAAGAUGGUCGGUUCCAGCAACCACAAGAAGUGGAAGGAUAUCGGCCGACAGAUGGAAAUGCCAAGCGCCGGCUUCCUCUGGAUGUUGGGCCUGAUUGCCUCCUUCAAACCUAUCACGGACGACCAUCGGGCUUCCGGGGGGAACUGGUCCGACGACGGUGAUCCUCCAUUUAUUCGCUGGAUUGAUAUUGUCUGGAAAGUCAUCAUCGCACUCUUUGUUCUCGCUGCGAGUAACUGGGUGGAGAAGAUUUUGAUACAGUGGAUUGCCACGUCCUUCCACUCAAGGACAUAUGCGUCUCGAAUUGCGCAAAACAGACUCGAAAUCAACUUCCUGGUCCGGCUCUAUGAGUUCAGCAAAGAAAAGCUGGCUCAUGACGACCCGGUGUGGAUGGAAAAUUCCAACGGCGGCCCAUCCGGAGCGAGGACCCCCAUGAAGAUGGUCCAGGAUAAUGCGCGGCAGGCCUGGACUCAGAUAGGCAAGGUUGCUGGGAAGAUGGCAGGAGACUUUACAGGACGUAAGGUUAUGGCAGCCGGCCACCCUAGAAAGGUUGUACUGGAAUUGCUUCGCAGCCAGCACAGCAGCCACACCUUGGCGCGGCUGAUUUAUCGGACCUUUGUCCGCCCGGGCGAGGAGACAAUCACGCUCGAUGACCUCAAGCAGGCGUUCCCUUCAGCAGAGGACGCCGAGACCUGCUUUGGUGUCUUCGACAAGGAUCUGAACGGUGACAUCUCGAUGGAGGAACUCGAGCUUGUCUGUAACGAGAUUCAUCUCGAGAAGAAAGCCAUCGCUGCCUCUCUCAAGGAUCUGGACUCUGUCAUCAAAAAACUGGACACAGUUUUCCUGUGCAUCAUAUUUAUUAUCGCCAUCAUCGUCUUCAUUUCCAUUCUGUCGGGCUCGGCGGCGGCUGCUCUCGGCACCAGCGGUACCACGAUCCUCGGGCUCAGUUGGAUGCUCCAGGCAACGGCCCAGGAAUUUUUGCAGUCGAUCAUCUUCGUCUUCGUCAAACACCCCUUCGACGUGGGUGAUCGAGUCACGGUGUACGGAAACACAGGAUCGCUCGGCACUGGAGACGACUACUAUGUCCAAGAAAUCAGCCUGCUUUACACGGAGUUCAAGAAGAUGGAAGGCCACAUCGUACAAGCACCCAACUCUUUGCUCAAUACGCUGUUCAUUCUCAACCAGCGCCGCUCUAGUGGGUUGGCCGACCCCAUCGAACUCAAAUUGAAAUUCGGCAUCUCGGCAGAAAUGAUUGAGGAACUCAAGAACCGAAUGCUCGACUUCAUCCUCGACAACAAGCGCGACUACCAAUCAAAGAUCAUCAGCGAAGUCCGCACCAUUGACGAGGUCUACUCGGUUACCAUCAACUUCAUUUUCUUCCACAAGUCCAAUUUCCAAAACGAGCUGCUCCGACUCCAGAGGCACAACAAGUUUGCUGCAGAGCUGAUGCGUGUCAUGGGUGAGCUGGGAAUAGAAGGACCGAGGAAGUUGCAGCCAGGCGGAAACCAGAGCUUUCCCUUCUACCUCGCCUACCCGCCGGCACCUACCGAGAACACGACAAAAGAGAAUGUCGUCAGGGACCAGCGCAGCGGUAGCCUCAAGACGGGCCCCGGAAGCGUACACCAUGACGACGCUUCAUUGGGCCCAUUCAGCCCACCCAGCCCUGACGUGCGCCGACGCCGGGCCGAGUCGCAAGCUCGGGCACAGUUUGAACGCUUCACCGACUUUGGCGACGUUUUUGAGGGCCGUAAAGACCCUGCUGCCUCCAACCUGGCCCGCCUGCAGAGCUUGAGGGAGGAAGCCGCACUCUCUAGCCAGUCCUCGGGCGUCGAUCGGUAUGGACGAGGACCCAGCCUGGACAGGGUCGGCACGAUGAACAGUGACACUACAACCAGGCACGGUCGGGGUAUCUUUAGGAGGCCGCGGAGCUCCUCGAAGACGGUCGCGAGUGAUAGAGGCGGCGGUGAUAUUGUAUAG